AUGCAGGCAGGACAACAUCCCAUGAGUCAUCCUAGGAAAGGAUUCCUUUCACACAGUGCCCGGGAUGCAGCUUGCUACAAGUGCACAACUAUAGAUGGGUCAAGAAACCUCAUUGCUAAAGGCUCUAAUCUGGUAUGUGAAAUUGCUCAGGACUUCAUAACACAUCUGUGCUUCCAGAGGGCAGCAUUUGGUGCUUUGCAGGAGGCAAGUGCAGCCUAUCUGGCUGGACUAUUUGAGGACCUCAAUCUAUGGGCAAUUCAAGCCAAAUGUGUCAAAAUUGUGUCAAAAGAUAUCCAGUUAGCACACCACAAACGUGGAAAACAUGCUUAA